UGUUUGCGGAAGUUUCACUGUAUGAACUCACCCGGUUGAGAUUGAAGCGCACUCGCUUUCUUCGGUUUAACGAAACGUACUUUUAUUGAAACAGAGAUUAUGGAUUUCAACUCGGAAUCUGUGAAGAAAGUUCUUUCUAAGUAUAAAUUUCGGGAUGUUGCUAUUGAAGAGCUACAGAAAGUGUCUCGCCUUCAUCCUGAUAUGAAAGUAAUAUCUGGAACAUACACAUCUAGUGACAGUUUACAGAAGGAGCUGCUCAAGCUGAUUGGAAACAUCCCAGUCAGAUAUCAAGGGCGCUCAUAUAACCUGCCCAUCCUGCUGUGGCUCUUGGAAUCGUUUCCUUUCACGCCUCCCAUCUGCUUCCUGAGACCCACUUCCAGCAUGGUCAUACGGGAGGGUAAACACGUCGAUUCGAAGGGUAGAAUACACCUGCUGGGUCUGCACAACUGGGACCAUCCAAAGUCAACUGUGAACGGGCUUCUGACAGAGAUGAUUGCAAAGUUUGAGGAGGAACCUCCACUGGCCACCAAAUCUUCAACCCAGGGUGACAAUCCCAACGAUCUGCUGGCCUAUGUGUCAAAUCUCAACCUUAAUGAAGGUGGAAAUCGGUUUGAUCAGGAGGUUAAGGUGUCUGUGAUUGGCGGGGGAGAUUUGGGAAUAGCUGCUGUGUUGAGUAUUAUGGCCAAAAGCUGUGUUGACAAACUGGUUUUGAUUGACAUCCCUGAGAGUUCAACCAAAGGAGGCACAAUGGAUUUGGAGAUUUUCAGUUUGCCAAAGGUCGAGGUCUCGAAAGACCUGUCGGCCUCGGCGGGCUCUAAGGUGGUGGUGAUCACAGCGAAUGCCUGGAGUGAUGAGCAGUCAUAUUUGAGUGUGGUUCAGACGAAUGUGGACAUGUACAGAGGCAUCAUCCCUCGUCUCGCCCAGCUGAGUCCAAAAGCCGUGCUGCUCAUCGCCUCUCAACCAGUGGACAUUAUGACACAUGUUGCCUGGAGACAAAGUCAUCUCCUGCCCACUCAGGUGAUUGGUCUGGGCUGUAAUCUGGACUCAGAGAGACUGUCUCACAUCAUCAACAUUUCACUGGUGGCAAAUAACACAGGCAAGCAGGCCUGGGUCAUUGGAGAACUGUCUGAGAACAAGGUGGCAUUGUGGGGUAGUAUGGGACCGGGAACCGACCAGCUACAAGCGUUAACCCCAGUGUCCAACUCCACCAAACCCUUAAUGGACAGGGCGUUAGAGAUGCUCAAAGGUAAAGGUCAGAGGUCAUGGUCAGUCGGGUUGUCCAUCGCUGACAUCACUCACAGCAUUGUAACGGACAAAAAGAAGAUACACUCUGUCACAACACUGGCUGAGGGUUGGGGUGGAAUCGGUUCCAAAGUGUUCCUCAGCUUGCCUUGCAUCCUCGGGGAAAACGGCUCUACCCGAUUACCAGGAGUGGUUUUAGGUUCAGAAGAUGAAAUGAGGCUGAGGGAGAGUGUGGCGUGUCAGGUUAACCUCUUCAUGCAGCUGAGACUCUAACUUAGGUACUGGAUGAAACAGCAUCACCUCUACAAAGCUUUAAGACACACUUUCAGAUUUCAGAGGGGUGAGCUAACCAAAGAAAUUUCUCACGGAAGGUAAAGAUGCAGUUUAAUCCUUCUUGCAAUACUUGCUUAUCUUAUAUUCUAACAUCAGCCACUGUGAAGUGACAGUCCUCUAUCUGACGGCAAUAGCACUAAAGACUUUGUCUUGGCUUCUUGUGAAGCAUUAUGCAUAUAUUAUAUUAUAUUAUAUUAUAUAUGCAUAUAAUAUUGCACUUGUUUACAAAACAUAUGUAUAUGCAGUCCUGUUUGCCAUGUAACUUAUAAAUAAUAAUGCAACAAUGGUGCCUUUAUGAAGGGUAAAUUAUGGUGGAAUGGUAAAAUGAAUGGCUUCGAGUGCUUGUUAAAUGCUGUUACCAAUCAGGCAGAUGUCAUGUAAAUUGAAUUAAAAAGGGCAUGGGUUCCUGAUGUGCUUUUAUGCAAGUAAAUGUACAUUAUAAUUUAUAAAGAAAUACUAGACUUGGUAUUAUAUUUUAUCACAUUGUGCUUGUGCCAUGUAUCUCAGAAUGUGAAAUCAGAAUUGACAACAGCAAUAAUGUAAAUAUUAAAAUAAACACUCCACUUCA